AAUAUAUUUUUAUUUGUGUUAUUAAAUUUUCUUUAUACGAGUAUAUCAAAUUUAAGAUUUCUUGUGAUUGACAUGUGAUGAGGGAAAAUAGAGGGAGGCUAUUCCGCCAAAAGUGGUAUGGAGACGUUGUACACGAAGUUAAUUUUAAUGUAUAUUUACACAAAAUAAUAGUUGUAGCAAACAGCUACAUCUAUUAUUUUUACAAAAAAAUAUUGCACAGUAUUUUUUUUUUAUUAGACUAUUACUUGAUUCGUACUGGAAUGGUGUGUUGUGAAAAGAUUAGUUAAUUAUUGUCUAUUCUGCUAGUUUCGGGUCAAAGGAAAUAAUUAUCGUUAUCUUAACGAGUCAGCAACCUUAUUUAAACAUAAAUUCACUGCCUACUUUUUCAGGCGCAGUAACUCAGACACCUUCAGACUAGCGGUCGGAUAUCUUCAGAAUGAGAGCCGUUUUACUUUUUCUCUUGCCUUAUAUUUUUCUUGUUAACAGCCAAGAUGACGUCGCUGUUUCGGAUAACAGUACAAAUACAUUUGAUGCAGUAUCUUAUCUGUUCUCGCUUGUGCUGAACUUACUCCAAGAAAAACCCGAAAUGUUGGAACGAGAUGACGUGACUGUCUUCACCGAGGAUCGCUCUUAUGAUAGGAAAGAGUAUGAUGAUACUUCUGUAUCUGAUAAUGGAGUCAGAAUGUUUCCAGAAAGUAACGCUCCCAGUUUUGUCGGAGUCUAUCAAGCGACCUUCGGAUUAACCCCACAGGAAGUUGCCGAACAAGUUUUGAAAGUUGAAAAAAUAUUGGAGGAACAUAAUAAAAUUCAAUAAAACGUUCACUUAAUAA